AUGCCCAUCUGCACGAGCUGCACACACCCCACGCCUUACUUAUACACUGUCUAUCAAUCCGCCUACAACCUGCGGUUAGAGCAAUGCACUGCUUGCCACGCAUUUGCAGACCCAUACGUCGAACAUGACACCCUGACACUGUUACUUGACUUGAUUCUGCUGAAGAGGGACGUGUACCGGCAUUUGUUGUUCAAUCGCGGUUUGGGAGCACGGAAGGUAGGACAAGGCGGGCGCGCGGACGCCGGUGCUGAGACGAAGGAGGGGUAUGAAGAGGAGCUGCGACACAUUAAUGAUUGGGGGAGAGAGAAGACGAGGCGGUGGUUGAUCGUAAAGCUCGGCCUCGCGUUGAUUUCGGUCGACGCAUUCAUCAGGUGGACUCACUUGAGUGCCAGUAACCCGUUCGUUGGACGAGGUCCUGACGGCUCUGAGGUCGACCUUGCGAACUGGAACCGAACCGCCGUCGAAGGCUUCCUCCGAAUAUUCGUCGGCUGCCUCGUUGAAACUGUCGCAUUUCACGUCGGCAUCGUUAUCGGAUGCUUCACAGUCCUCAAUUCCCUACACUGGGCACGCACUCUCAAGCUCCUGCGAUUUCGUACCGACCCCCAAAUGUCCGGUAUCCGGCAGGAGUUCAGAUACUCGCACGUGCCACUCACUCUGCUCUAUUCCUCUUUGACGAAGCUGUUGCUGUUGUUCUUGCUCUCCAUAUGGCGCCCAACGGCACCAUCGCCAGCCAAUCACGCGCAAGCGCUGCAUCCCAACGCGAAGACGUUCACACAUCCCGUCGUGGUGCGCGCACUCGAGAUACUCGACGAGGACAAGCUCGACCGUGAAUGGGUCGUGCGCAAUGUGCUCGGCGGCAUGUCUGCCGGGUUCGGGCUGCGCGUUGUGCUCGAUUGCCCGCCGGUUUUCACAACUCUGAUCAUAUUGGGUGGCUGGGUCGUAAAGACUGCCAUGGCGAAUCUGGUCAAAGAAUGGGUCGGGGCGGGACUAGGCGGUGACGAGACGGCUGGGGAGAUGUGGUUAGCAUACAGCAUACCAUAA